GCGCUAUAUAAGCAGCAUGCAGGACCUCUCCAGGUAGCCAGGUAGCUCAGGUGAAUUCCCCUUUUCAUAAGGACUGCUGCAAAAGCCUACUCCUCCACUUCAGGGCAAUGGCUCCUCGUCCAGAAGUCAGAGAUACCUUGUCUCCCACUCUUGAUACGGCACCCAAAGACUCAGUCGUCCUGCCAGCAUAUUCUACAGAGGACAAGUAUGAGGAUGACCCCUGGAAUCUCCCUGAACUGCAGGACAAUGGACUCAAGUGGUCAGAGUUGGAUACCAAAGGGAAGGUUUUGCGGGUUCUGACUGCCAUUGUCAAGUUCAUUCUGCUGGUUGGAUUUCUCUACAUGUUCGUUUGCUCUCUGGACGUCCUGAGCUCUGCUUUCCAGCUAGUUGGAGGUAAGGCAGCUGGGGACAUCUUCCAGGACAAUGCGGUGCUGUCCAACCCUGUGGCUGGCCUGGUGAUUGGAGUGCUGGUCACAUUGUUAGUCCAGAGUUCUAGCACGUCCUCCUCUAUUGUGGUCAGCAUGGUGUCUUCUGGAUUGCUGGAGGUCCAGUCUGCAGUGCCAGUCAUUAUGGGAGCCAACAUUGGAACCUCAGUCACCAACACCAUUGUGGCCAUGAUGCAGGCAGGGGACAGAAAUGAGUUCCGCAGGGCGUUUGCUGGUGCCACGGUGCAUGACUUCUUCAACUGGCUGUCUGUGCUAAUUCUGCUGCCUCUGGAGGCAGCUACUGGUGUCCUGUACAAACUCACCAAGAUCAUCAUCGACUCCUUCAACAUCCAGGGGGGAAACAACGCUCCUGACCUGCUCAACGUCAUCACAGACCCUCUCACCGACGCCAUCAUAGAGCUGGACAAAAAUGUAAUCAGUGACAUUGCCACCGGUGACCCAGCAGCCAGAAACAAGAGUUUGAUCAAAAUCUGGUGCAAAACAGAGAAAAUCACGACUCUUGUGAAUAUAACAGUUCCCUCAGCUGCCAAUUGCACGACCGGUGCCCUCUGUUGGGUAGAAGGCAACAAGACAUUGACCCAGAUAAAUGUCACUGAAACAAUCAAUCUAGAGAGAUGCAACCAUAUCUUUGUUUAUGCUAACCUGCCUGACCUGGCUGUGGGCCUCAUUCUGCUGGCCCUAUCCCUGCUUAUCCUCUGUACCUGCCUCAUCCUCAUUGUCAAGCUGCUCAACUCCAUGCUUAAGGGACAGGUGGCUGUGGUCAUCAAGAAAGUGCUCAACACAGACUUCCCUUUCCCCUUUGGCUGGGUCACUGGUUACAUUGCCAUCAUGGUCGGAGCAGGAAUGACCUUCAUUGUCCAGAGCAGCUCUGUCUUCACCUCUGCAAUCACUCCCCUUGUUGGUAUUGGUGUUAUUAGCCUUGAGAGAGCUUAUCCUCUGACAUUGGGCUCUAAUAUCGGCACAACUACCACUGCUAUUCUUGCUGCUAUGGCUGCUCCUGGAGAAACACUAGCCAACUCACUGCAGGUUGCACUGUGCCAUUUCUUCUUCAACAUAGCGGGGAUUCUGCUGUGGUACCCCAUCCCCUUCACUCGGAUCCCCAUCCGCUUGGCCAGAGCCCUGGGGAACCGCACAGCCAAGUACCGUUGGUUCGCAGCGCUCUACCUCUUACUCUGCUUCCUCCUCAUGCCCCUGACCAUCCUGGGACUCUCCCUGGCCGGCUGGCAAGUCCUGGUUGGGGUGGCCGUACCCAUCGUUGUCCUCGCCAUCUUCAUCAUCGUUGUUAACCUGAUGCAGGCACGUUGUCCUCAGUACCUGCCUAGCGGGCUACGUGACUGGGACUUCCUGCCCCGCCCCCUGCACUCCAUGGCCCCCUGGGACCGUGUGGUGACGUCAGGCAUGGCCUUCUGCGGCGCUCGCUGCUGCUGCUGCUGCAAGUGCUGCCAAAGUACUGACGAUGAAGAGAAGGGUUUGCAGGAGAGGAAGAAGAGUCUGGAGAUAUAUGAUAACCCAGUCCUAACCAGAGACGAUGAGCCGCAAGAGACCUCCAAGGAAACUAUGAAAGCCACACAGCUCUAACACAGUUAACAUAUCUAUCUGUAAGACAUAUAUAACAUAUUUGUAACAUGUUUGUAAUUCUCCAAGUUUGCUUUGGCUUUAUGGAGUUAACCAGCCUCUGUUUCGGUGAUACUGUAUCAUGUGGUGUAAACCUGCACAUCUUGUAGGAAAACAUCACCAAAACGUGAGUGUCCACUAUAUAUAUACCGAGUAUACUAAACAAUAGGAACACCUCCCUAAUAUUGAAUUGUACCCCCUACCCCCCUGCUCUUUAUGACAUAGACUGACCAGGUGAAUCCAGGUGUAAGUUAUGAUAUCACUUGUUAAGUCCACUACAAUCAGUGUAGAUGUAGGGGAGGUCGACAGGUUAAAGAAGGAUUUGAAGCCUUGAGACAAUUGAGACAUGGGUGAAUGGGAAAGACAAAAUAUUCAAAUGCCUUUUGAACGGGGUAUGCUAGUAGGUGCCAGGCACAAUGGUUUGUGUCAAGAACUGCAACGCUACUAUGUUAGUCACACUCAACAGUUUGCCGUGGGUAGCAAGAAUGGUCCACCACCCAAAGGACACCCAGCAAACUUGGCACAACUGUGGGAAGCAUUGGAGUUAACAUGGGCCAGCAUCCCUAUGGAACGCUUUUGACACCUUGUAGAGUCCAUGCCCCGACAAACUGAGGUUGCUCCGAGGGCAAAAUGGGUGGGGGGGAUGCAACUCAAUACCUGGUCAUUACGUUUAGCAGCUGCUCUUAUCCAGAGCGACUUACAAGAGCAAUUACUGUUAGGUACCUUACUCAAGGGCACGUCAACAGAUGUUUCUAUAGUUGGCUCGGGGAUUCAAACCAGAGAACUUUCGGCGUCUGGCCCAACGCUUAUAAGCACUAGGUUACCUGCCGCCCUGUGAUUGAUAACGCAUAAAUGUAAGCUAAAGGGUACAGUAGAUUGGUCUCCCCUGGAGGGUUGUGCUCUUUUGCUGUAGCUAGUUUAUGGGAGGUUGUAUAAAUAUAUACAGUACCAGUCAAACGUUUGGACACACCUACUCAAUCAAAGGUUUUUCUUUAUUUUUACUAUUUUCCACAUUGUAGAAUCAUAAUGAAGACAUCAAAACUAUUAAAUAACACAUAUGGAAUCACGUAAUAACCAAAAAAGUGUUAAACAAAUCAAAAUAUAGUUAAUAUUUGAGAUUCUUCAAAGUAGCCACCCUUUACCUUGACAACAGCUUUGCACACUUCUCUCAACCAGCUUCAUGAGGUAGUCACCUGGAAUGAAUUUCAAUUAACAGGUGUGCCUUGUUAAAAGUUAUUUUGUGGAAUUUAUUUCCUUCUUAAUGUGUUUGAGCCAAUCGGUUGUGUUGUGACAAGGUGGGGUGGUGUACAGGAGAUGGCCCUAAUACUUUAAGACAUGAUUACUUUGAGACAUGAAGGCCAAUCAAUCAAUAAGGAUCAUUUCAAGAACUUUUAACAUUUCUUCAAGUGCGGUUGCAUAAACCAUCAAGCACUGUGAUGAAACUGGCUCUCAUGAGGACCGCCACAGGAAAGAAAGACCCAGAGUUACCUCUGCUGCAGAGGAUAAGUUCAUUAGAGUUACCAGCCUCGGAAAUUGCAGCCCAAAUAAAUGCUUAAUGGAGUUCAAGCAACAGACACAUCUCAACAUCAAUUGUUCAGAGGAGACUGAAUCAGGCCUUCAUGGUCGAAUUGCUGCAAAGAAACCACUACUAAAGGACACCAAUAAGAAGAAGAGACUUGCUUGGGCCAAAAAACACAAGCAAUGGACUUAGACCAGUGGAAAUCUGUCCUUUGGUCUGAUGAGUCCAAAUUUGAGAUUUUUGGUUCUUUGUGAGACGGAUGAUCUCUGCAUGUGAGGUUCCCGCCGUGAAGCAUGGAGGAGGAGGUGUGAUGGGGUGGGGGGUGCUUUGCUGGAUGACACUGUCAGUGAUUUAUUUAGAAUUCAAGGCACACUCAACCAGCAUGGCUACCACAACAUUCUGCAGCAAUACACCAUCCCAUCUGGUUUGGGCUUAAUGGGACUAUCAUUUGUUUUUCAACAGGACAAUGACCCAACACACCUACAGGCAGUGUAAGGGCUAUUUAACCAAGAAGGAGUUACAGAGUGCUGCAUCAGAUGACCUGUCCUCCACAAUCACCUGACAGCAGCCCAAUUGAGAUGAUUUGGGAUGAGUUGGACCACAAAGUGAAAGAAAAGCAGCCAACGAGUGCUCAUCAUAUGUGGGAACUCCUUCAAGACUGUUGGAACAGUAUUCCAGGUGAAGCUGGUUGAGAGAAUGCCAAGAGUGUGCAAAGCUGUCAUCAAGGCAAAGGGUGGCUACAUUGAAGAAGGCUACUUUUAAGACUUAUUUUAGUUACUACAUGAUUCCAUAUGUGUUAUUUCAUAGUUUUGAUGUCUUCAUUAUUAUUCUACAAUGUAGAAAAUAGUCAUAAUAAAGAAGAACCACUGAAUGAUUAGGUGUGUCCAAACUUUUGACUGGUGCUGUACUACUGAUAGUAAUAUGUGAAAUGUAUCUGAUGUGCUUUUGGACAGUAGCCACCUGGGCAGGACUUUGCCCUGCAUCCUUUGACCCAUAGAUAUUUCACCUGGGAGACCAGUCCUGAUUAUGGUGCUCAAGCCAAGGUGCACUUCAUGAGUAACUCUUGGUGAUAGCACUUUAUAGUUAACUAGUAGCAGAUCAGAAAACCAAAUACAAGGUUAUCAUUGUUAUGUUUUCUUAAAUAGGCCAUUUGCACGUUACCAAUUCAAUCUAUAAUUUCAGACUGUAUGUGUUUAUCGCUAAAAACAGGUCAGGUGGGCUUUUGCCUUCUAGUUUGGGGCAGAUAAUUAAUACAUAAUAAUCCAUACUGGUCUCAUAGACCAAAAAAUAUUUACGUACCAUACGAAACAUAACAUAUCAUACUAAAUGGAGUGUCUCGGAUUUACUUACAGAAUAAUAUAAAAUGCUCUGAGACCACAUUGCAGAAUUGGAAAAUUGUUAUAAUGGGUAGCUGAUACUGUAUCUAAUGAGUUGAUAACAGAGACUUUGGGCUUUAUUCAGUCGCUUAAGCGUUACAAAUUGUGUGAUAGAAAUGUUAAGGUCAUUUCCCAUUGAGGAUAUAUGCAGCGUUUACCGUGAAUGUAGUCUCCGAGAAUGCAGGAACAUUGCCUUUACAUUUCAAUCACGCUGUACACUGAUAGGGACUGAAUAGAGCUCUUUGACACUUUUAUUUCUGAGAGUUCUGGCACUGGUGAUAACAUUGGAUAAAGAGUUAAAUACUCAGCUGUUUCAAAUAAUAGCAAUAAUCUUGAAAUAAUUUGGCAAUCACAUUUACUAUUUUUUUUAUGAAAAGACAGUUUACAGACUAUUUGUUUAAUGCAUAGCUUAGACCACGCAUUAACUCAAUCUCUGUUUACAAUGGUUGCCCGUGGGAAUAUUAAGAGGGCUUGACUAAACAAAAAUAUUAUUACAAGGUUGAGAGCAAUUCAAAAUGUCACAUUUAUUACUCUGGUCACAGUGCUUGUUGGCAAUGAAGUACCAAGAUUCAACAUCAUAUCCAUCUUGGGGGGAGGGGAGAAAUACUAGAAAUUAUACUGCUGUUUAGUUCCUAUAAAUUACCCAACAUAGUACCAGCUCUAACGUCACCAUAACACAAUGUCCUUAUCUGAAAAUCAGAGAGCAACAGUGAAGUACUGUAUCUACAUGUUCAUCACAGUAUGGUGGGGCAUUAGUUUGUUUCACAGAACACAAUCACAUCUGCCUCAUUCACACACAUACACUACAUGACCAAAGGUAUGUGGACACCUGCUAUUUGAUCAUCUCAUUCCAAAAUCAUGGGCAUUAAUAUGGAGUAGGUCACCCCUUUGCUGCUAUAACAGCCUCCACUUUUCUGGGAAGGCUUUCCACUAGAUGUUGGAACAUUGUUGGGUGGACUUGCUUCCAUUCAGCGACAAGAGCAUUAGUGCAGUCGAUCACUGAUGUUGGGCGAUUAGACCUGGCUCGCAGUCGGUGUUCCAAUUCAUUUCAUCCCAAAGGUGUCCAAUAGGGUUGAGGUCAGGGAUCUGCGCAGACCAGUCAAGUUCUUCCACACCGAUCUCGACAAACCAUUUCUGUAUGGACCUUGCUUUAUGCACAGGGGCAUAGUCAUGCUGAAACAGGAAAGGGCCUUCCCCAAACUGUUGCCACAAAGUUGGAAGAACAGAAUCGUUGAGUAUGUCAUUGUAUGCUGUAGCUCUAAUAUUACCCAUCAUUGGAACAAAGGGGCCUAGCGCGAACCAUGAAAAAAAGUUGCAGACCAAUAUUCAUCCUCCACCAAAUUUUACAGUUGAAGUACUACUUAUGUAGAUUUUUGGGGUAUCUGCACUUUACUUGACUAUUUAUAUUUUUGACAACUUUUACUCCACUACAUUCCUAAAGAAAAUUUGUACUUUUUACUCUCAUGCAUUUUCCCUGACAGCCAAAAGUACUUGUUACAUUUCGAAUGCUCAGGCAGGACAGCAAUAUGGUCCAAUUCACACACCUAUUAAUAUAACACAUUGUCAUCUCUACUGUCUCUGAUCUGGUGGAUUCAAUAAACAGAAAUACUGCAUUUGUAAA